ACAGGACAUGGCAAAACAUCAAGAGAUGCCGCUUCGGUGCGGGCUACACACCCUAUCCCAGCUGCCUGUGGGAUAUACUAUUUUGAGGUGAAAAUUAUUAGUAAAGGAAGAGACGGAUAUAUGGGCAUUGGGCUGUCCACACAAGGCGUAAAUCUGAAUAGAUUGCCAGGUUGGGAUAAGCAUUCAUAUGGAUAUCAUGGAGAUGACGGACAUUCAUUCUGUUCCUCUGGAACUGGUCAGCCAUACGGCCCAACAUUCACAACAGGCGAUGUCAUUGGAUGCUGUGUGAACCUAAUAGACAAUACAUGUUUCUACACUAAAAAUGGACACAGCCUAGGUAUCGCCUUUACAGACCUCCCGCCGAACCUCUAUCCAACAGUUGGACUUCAAACACCGGGUGAAGUGGUUGAUGCAAAUUUUGGCCAGAGUCCUUUUGUGUUUGAUAUCGAAGACUAUAUUCGGGAGUGGAGAGCCAAAAUUCAGGCACAGAUUGAAAGGUUUCCAGUUGGUGGAGACUGGCAGUCUGUAAUUCAAAAGAUGGUUUCUUCAUAUCUUGUGCAUCAUGGUUAUUGCUCUACAGCAGAAGCCUUUGCCAAGUCCACUGACCAGACUGUUCAGGAAGAGCUGGCCUCCAUCAAGAAUCGGCAAAGGAUCCAGAAGUUGGUACUAGCAGGAAGAAUGGGUGAAGCUAUUGAAACCACACAACAAUUAUACCCCAACCUACUAGAAAGAAACCCUAAUCUUUUCUUCACCUUAAAAGUAAGGCAAUUCAUAGAAAUGGUGAACGGGACUGACAGUGAAGUGAGAUGUCUGGGAGGUCGCAGCCCCAAAUCACAAGACAGUUACUCAGGAUCAGAUAGCAACUGCAGUAAUGGUGUUAUAUCCAACAAAGCUCACCAGUCCCACAGUCGUAGUAAACACCAGCCUUCCAGCCUUAAUGUAACAGAACUUAACAGUAUAAACAUGACGAUGUCACAGCAAAUCAACAGCUAUCCUAGCAGUGAUGUAGAAAUGGAGACUGAUCACUACUCCAAUGGGUUUGCUGCAGCCUCAUCUAAUGGAUUUCUUAAUGGCAGCACAAAGCAUGACAGUGAAGUGGAAGAAUGUGACACAGAAAUGGAAGUAGAUUCAACUCAGGUCAGACGCCAGCUGUGUGGAGGGAGCCAGGCUGCUGUCGAGAGAAUGAUCUGUUUUGGAAGAGAGCUACAAGCUAUGAGUGAGCAACUAAGACGAGAACGAGGAAAAAAUGCCACUAACAAAAACAUGUUAAAGGAUGCAUUUAGUUUAUUGGCUUAUUCAGAUCCCUGGAAUAGCCCAGUUGGCUACCAGCUUGAUCCCAUACAGAGAGAGCAUGUGUGCUCCUCUCUCAACAGUGCAAUAUUAGAUAUACACAACCUGCCAAAGCAGCCACCCCUCUCCUUGGCUCUGGAACAAGCUGCUCAGUGUUUAGAGAUGAUGGCUCACUCAGGCAUAGGUUCCUGUGCAUUUGCCAGGGUGGCUGAUUACUUACAUUAG